AUGAGCGCCCCAGACAAUAAGCAUUGUAGCGGGGUGGACUGCGACCAGGCAGCAGGUAGCCUACGAUGUCCAGCAUGUCUUAAAAUUGGAAUUGAAAGCUAUUUCUGCUCCCAAGACUGCUUUAAGCGUAGCUGGGGCGAACAUAAAGCGAUCCACAAAUCUAAAGAAACGUUCAACCCAUUCCCAACGUUCCCAUUUACUGGUACCUUACGACCUGUGUACCCCCUCUCUCCCAAAAAUCCUGUUCCUAGCUCAAUUCAGCACCCCGAUUAUGCUGGAGAUGGAGUUCCACGCUCGGAACAAAAAAUAUUCGGUCGACAUAAUAUCAAGAUUCUCAAUGAGAAAGAAAUAGAAGGGAUGAAGAAGGUGUGCCGGCUAUCAAGAGAGGUGCUUGACAUUGCCGCUCGAGAGAUUCGACCAGGCGUCACUACCGACCACAUUGAUAAGGUCGUACAUCAAGCCUGUUUGGAAAGAGAGGCUUACCCAUCGCCGCUUAACUAUGUAAAUUUCCCCAAAUCUGUCUGUACUUCGGUGAACGAAGUCAUCUGCCACGGCAUCCCCGACCAGAGGCCCUUAGAGGACGGUGAUAUUCUGAACAUCGAUAUCUCGCUUUAUCAUGGAGGAUUCCACGGUGAUCUCAAUGAAACAUACUAUGUCGGCGACAAAGCCAAGGCAGACCCUGAUGCGGUUCGAGUUGUAGAAACUUCAAGGGAAUGUUUGGACAAAGCAAUUGAGAUCGUUAAGCCGGGAACCCUAUUCCGAGAAUUCGGAAAUGUGAUCGAGAAGCACGCCAAGAGCCGGGAUUGCAGCGUUGUUAGGAGCUAUUGUGGCCACGGAAUAAACCAGCUAUUCCACACUACCCCGAGCAUCCCGCAUUACGCUAAAAGCAAGACUGUGGGGUCUGCCAAAGUGGGCAUGUGCUUCACUAUCGAACCCAUGAUCAACCUUGGAAGCUAUCGAGACAAAACAUGGCCUGAUAACUGGACAAGUGUUACCAUAGAUGGCAAAAGAUCAGCUCAGUUUGAGCAUACCCUUUUAGUGACGGAAGACGGUGUCGACAUUCUUACCGCGAGACUUCCAGACUCACCAGGCGGUGCGAUACCGAUGCCAGCCGCUACUUCAUAG